AUGAGGCUUGUAAAUACGAGAACGCUCGAGCUCGAGAUCUUUGCCACGCCUGAGGAGGCGCGCUAUGCCAUCCUCUCACACACAUGGGGAGAGGGGGAAGUGACAUUUGCCGAUGUUCAACAACCACAGAGAGAGACCAGGGGAUGGGACAAGAUCCGUCGGAGCAGCCAGAUAGCUCUCAACUCAGGAUAUCCGUAUCUGUGGAUCGAUACGUGCUGCAUCGACAAGACCAGCAGUGCAGAGCUUUCUGAGGCCAUCAACUCCAUGUUUCAGUGGUACGAGAAGGCCGGGGUCUGCAUCGCCUUUCUGGAGGACUUUAUCACCACAGAUGAACCAUCAAACCCCGAUUUUGCCCAUUGUCGCUGGUUCAUCAGAGGUUGGACGCUUCAGGAACUGAUUGCCCCUUCAGAGCUCCUCUUCUACUCCAGAGACUGGAGGCUCAUCGGCACAAGAACCUCUCUCAAGACCAUCAUCGCCAAGGUUUCUGGCAUACCCGAAGAAAUGCUUGCCGCAAACACACACAGCCAACGAGAGCGACUCGAAGAGUGCUCAGUCGCGGAAAAGAUGAGCUGGGCGGCUAACCGCACUACUACGAGGCCAGAAGACCUGGCGUACUGCCUGUUGGGGUUAUUCGACAUCAAUAUGCCGCUGCUUUACGGAGAGGGUCAGAUGAAGGCCUUCAAGAGGCUACAGGAGGAGAUUAUUAGGUCCACAGAUGAUGAUUCCAUAUAUGCCUGGAGCUAUACCAAAGAGAAGUCCGCGAAGCAGCACUUCUGGGGCCUCUUAGCAGACGAACCCUCAGCCUUUGCACGACGACAUGGCGAUGCACUCGCUAUCAAACAAGCGCGGUACCUUACACGCCGCUCCAACCGCGAUGCUAUAGCAUCAACCCGGGGCAUCACCGUGGAACUGGCACUGACGCCCCUUCCCGAGGACAAGUCGGGCACCAUCUUCGUCGCCUUGCUAGACUGCGACAUGCAACAAGACGGGUCGUCGAACGCGCUGACUCCGGGGAUCAUCCUACAAAAGACUUCAUGGCACAAUGACGCCGAAUUUGUGCGCAUCUGCCCUGAUCACCUACUCCUACUUCUCAUGAACCGCAUCGUCGAAGCCGGGGACAAUAACAGGGGCGCAUUUGCUUCUCUCCUGAAGCAUGUCCGCCUUUCAGAAGCGAGGCCACAACAGGUUUUUGUCCCGCACAAGCUCUCUCCGCCACGAACCCCCCGGGGAAUCCUGUUCCAUCCUGAAGUUGCCUUUUCUCGUCUGCCGCUGGAUCUGGGAACCGGUGUGACAGUCAAUGUGCUUUCGCAGCCUUCAGACUGGCUGUUCUAUGACGAGAUGCGCAUCGAUAGAAACACGGCGCGGGCAUUGGCCUCAUAUGUACUCACCUUUGACAAAUCAUCGGACCCAAUAAGCGUCACAGAGCCUAAUAUACUGGGGUCAUUGGAGCUCGAGAUCGAUCUAUCCCAUGGAAUGAACCGCUGGCAUGUAUGCCUCGUAACGGGACUCGAGCCGCUUCCCGCCAAUCCUUUUGGCACGCCGUCGCUAUACACGGUGCCGUGGUACGCAUUCGUGGACAAGGAAGAAGUUUCGGCGGGAAGGCUGGGCGACGUGUUGAUCAAGGAGAACAGGAGGAAAAAGAAGUUGCUGUCGGGUCGGUUGUUGAAGGCGCACUUUGAGCUGGAGGCGCGGCACUCGAGGCUGUACUACAAGGUUGGCUUGAAAGUAGUCCCUUUCGGCGAGAACUCAGUUGAUGAAGACGGUGCUUGAUAUGUGUAAUAUUUGCUGCAGUUACACUAGGCUGAGCAAACCUAGGAUGUCGAAAUGGU